UUUUAUACACAAUCGCCGAGCUUUGGCAAAUCGUCCGUAAUGCAUCGGCGGCUAUUUGCGCGCUCGGUGAACGACACACACCGGCCACGUGACCCCAUUCAAAGCAUAAGGUGUGUGGUGUGCACACAAAGUCUGUGCAUUCAUUGCAAGCGCACAUGCAAAACUCGCUACUUUAUCGAUUUGUUGAGAGUUUGCUUUGCUCUUGGAUUCUGUGUUUAAAUGCGGGUAUCAUGUUUUGCUUUUAAGUUUGCUCAGUUGCCGCCACCGUUGCAGGUUUAUAUCGAUUGUUUGAAGUGAUUAACACAGACUCUGGUUUAACUGCGCUGCUGUUGAAAUUAAUUGUUUAACCAGCGGUUGCCAUCCCUUUAUUAGAAAAUGUUGCCCGAAUGUGUCACAAUUGUUUCAAGCCAUGUUUAAUUAUUAAGUUUAUUAGUGUAAACUGUAAAUAAUUAAAAAAUAUAAAAAUAUUUAAAAUUAAACGCAGCAAUUAAUUUAAAAAUUUACUUAUAUUCGGUAAAUUAUGACUUAUUGUUAAAAGUACUUACAAUUUUAUCGGUUUUUAUGAAAUAUAACAAUUCCAUUUUAUUAUUAAAAUAUUAUUUUAUAAUGUAUAAAUUUUUCUAUAAUAUUUUUCAAGCACAGGUGUUUCAAGAUCAUAUUAAAUCCUUGAAUAGUAUUUCUCUUCAAUUCGUAAAUUAUAAUUUGUAUUUUCUCUCUUAGGAAAAUCACAACAACGCUUUCAUCCAAAUUUUUUUAAUUAAUAUUUAUUUAAUUUAUUUUUUUUUGUCUUUUCAUUUUAAAGAAAACCGUUAAAAAAUCAUUUUAUGCUCGGUGACAAUGAAAAAGGAGCUCUUUUUGGAAAAUAAGAAGCGCGUGUUUAUAAACUUUGUCGUGUGCCUGAUCAGAAUGCAGCCUUCGUCAACGGCCGCGCUUUGAUCAAGGAUCAAAGUUUUGAUGCCCGCGUCAUUCAUUUUUUGCACCUCGUUUGCUCCCACGCUUUUCUCUACCCUGUCCCUAGCUGCGUGUAUAUAUUUAAACAAGAUGGCUCUCACAUUUUGCAAUUAUUUACGCUAUUUAUUCAUGACCUGAGAAAUUAUAAGAGGGAUGGGACACAGGAAGUGGUCUCAAUCCGCUCCAGACCAGCACAGGGUUCACAACAAGAAGAGGAGCAUUUUGGUUUUGAGCAGAGGCCUCGCUCAUCAGUGAAAUGCUUCGCCCUGCUUUGCUCGUGUUUUCAGGUCUCCUGUACCUGAGCUGCAUCAAGAUCAACCCCUCGGAGGCGAUCCCUCACUGCGAGGCGUGCGGCAUGGUGUGCGUCAACUUCUGCAACACGCGCGACUUCCGCCCUUGCUGCAUCAACUACAUGCGCAAGCGGAGUUCGCCGCCGCUUCAGCAGCCGCCCCCGAGUCGCCCUCAACUGGCCGAUUCGGCCGCCGGGGGCCAGCGAGAAGUGGUCGAGCAGCGGCCGUGGCUGAGUCGCAGCAAGCAAGCGUGGAGUUCUGCAGGCUCUCCAGGGUCGGCUUUUUUGCGACAACCGGUACCCGAGUUCAUUCUAGACGCGGUCGGCAAUCUCGAGGAAACCGACGUUUGAUGUCGAAGGAGAGAAAAAAAAAAUGAAAUGUAGUAGAGGAAAUAAUUAAAUAAAAAUAGCAAAAACGUUCGUGAAACAUGGACGUUAAUUUUUGAGGCUGGAUUUAACUAAAUA